GGUGGAAGAAAGAAGGAAGAAGUAUACAAAUAUAUUCUGUCACGUGGUAAACAUUUAUUUUCGAUAGAAAAUACUUCAUCAUUUAUUCAUUAUUUAUUUAUUUGUGUCGGUUCUUAUCUUUCAAUUAAUAAUCGCUUAGUAAGGGUUAAAUAUUGUGCUUGUGUUUCAUCUGCGUUUUCCGUCGUAAGCUGUCAAUUUUCUACAUUAACGUGUUGCAAAUUUUCAGCCGGUGUUAAGUAAACAAAAUGUGUAAUUUUUUUGCGCGUUAACUUGGUGGAAUAGAAGAUGUAACUUCAUAUGCAGUUUCACGUACUUGCCAACACAUUCGUGAAUUAAUAUGUAGUCUAGAAAACCAUACAACCAACGGUGCAUUCUACGUUUCAGCGAUAACCACAACAACAAACACUCCGUACUCAUGAGCUAGGUUAAUUACCGAAAAUGGAUCAAAGACUUAUACAAGAUGGGGCUGGUUCCUAUGGGUCGACUGACAGCACACUACCGGAUGUCAGUGUUGAAGGACCUUCGAGUUCUACGAUUAAUUUCGAUUCGGUCGUCAGUAACAUCUACUCGAUUAAUUCAAACUGUAGAUUCUUGGAGCAAGCUGCGAAAGCAAUUGGCUCUACGAAGGAUAAUAUCAAAUUACGAAACAAUGUCCAAUCAACCUUACUUUCAACGAAAAAUCUAAUCGACAAGACGAAAUCCGAGUUACACGAUUUAAUUCAGCUAUCCCGCAGGCAAGAGAAGUCUUUCAAAUUACAAGUUGAAAAAUUAAAGAAUUCCUUCAAAGAUGCCGUACAGGUUUUCAGUGGGUUACAAAACGUAUUGUUAUUGAAAUUGAAACGUAAUUUGCCUUCGGAGCCUUGCCCAAUAACCCACAGCGAGCAUAAACGAGUAGAUUAUAUUUACGACGACGAAGAGGAAUUACUUUCAUUGCAGCAAACGUUUCAAAAAACGUUGGAAGAAAAUCUCGAAGAAAUCACCGAACGCGAGGACAUCUUACACAAGUUGGAAAACGAUGUGAAAGAUGUCAACGACAUUAUGCGUGAUUUAGGUACUUUGAUACAUUCGCAAGGUGACACCGUUGAUCGGAUAGAAGAUGUUAUCGAAGAUAUCCAUGGGAACGUAGAAGGUGGUAGACAAGAAUUAGAAAAAGCUGCCGAAUAUCAGCAAAAAAGAAAAAAGAAACUAUUCUACUUGUUCGUAAUUCUUUUCGUGGCUGUUCUGUGUCUCGUAGGAGUGUUGUAUUACACGCUGCGACAAUGAAACUGCCAGUGAGGGAUCGGAAAACCCCAGUUAGCAAAACUUAAUCUAUUUUAUACGUCGCAUUUAUUGUCACUUUUGAAUUGUCGAUCAUUUUAAAUCCCCCUCUACCCCUUCUCCCUGUCUGCUUUAGUUUUAUACGUUUUAUACGGAUUGGCUUGCGUUUAGUUUUAUUUUUCUUAGAUCCUUGCCCUGUUUCUUUUUUUGUCCAUUUUAUAUUAUGUUUGUUAUUUUUUUUCCGUACCAUAUGUUAUGUAUUGUAUUUUUUUAAAAGUUAAUCAAUCGCUUUAAAUAUUCGCUUUAAAAUUGUAUAAAUUUUUCAUAUCGAAUGUUUAUAGCAUUUUAAAUUUAUUUUCCCCCUUGUAAAACUUGUAUAUUAUUCGUUCUAUUUUUUUUCUUAUUUUUUUCUCUGUUUGUUCAACUCAACGAAUAAAUUAUAUUUCGAAAUGUUAA